AUGGAGGCAUGUAAAGGGUUGUUGCUGUUAAUGGUGGUUUUGGUUUUGAUGGUUAUGCAGGGGAGGGAAUCAGAGGGACAAUUAGCAGAAAACUUCUAUAGCUCUACUUGUCCAAAUGUUGAAUUCAUAGUGAAGCAGGCAGUCUCUACAAAACUAAGCCAGACGCCUAUCACCAUUCCGUCCACUUUGCGACUAUUUUUCCAUGACUGCUUUGUUGAGGGAUGCGAUGCAUCGGUCAUGAUCGCUUCAGCAAAUGGGGACGCAGAGAAGGACUUCACGGAUAAUCUUUCGUUAGCAGGAGAUGGAUUUGACACCGUCAUCAAGGCCAAGCAAGCAGUGGAAGCACUAUGCCCCGGUGUCGUCUCUUGUGCUGACAUUUUGGCUCUCGCUGCCCGGGAUUGUGUAGUCCUCGCUGGAGGCCCUGCAUUCAGCGUAGAAUUGGGACGCCGUGAUGGACUAGUUUCACAAGCCUCUCAGGUCGCUGGGAAUUUGCCAGAACCAAACUUUAAUCUCGAUCAGCUAAAUACCAUGUUCGCCAAACACAAUCUUUCCCAAACUGAUGUUGUUGCAUUGUCUGGAGCACAUACUGUAGGCUUUUCUCACUGCGGUCGCUUUUCAGACCGCCUCUCCAACUUUUCAUCGAACUCUCCUGUGGACCCUUCUUUGGAUCCUGGCUAUGCCAAGCAGUUGAUGGGAGCCUGUCCCAUAAAUGCAGACCCAGUUAUCAACUUGGACCCUGAAACCCCAGACACUUUUGACAACGCCUAUUACAGAAACUUGGUUGCAGGUAAGGGGUUGUUGAGUUCGGAUCAGGUUCUUUUCUCUGACUCUGCAUCUCAGCCUACUGUGAUUGAUUUUGCUAACAACCCUGGUAACUUCAAUGGAGCCUUCAUCACUGCCAUGAGGAAGCUCGGAAGGGUCGGCGUUAAGACUGGUGACCAAGGGGAGAUAAGGACAGACUGCACCACCUUCAAUUCAUGA